AUGUCUCGGCAAGAGCUGCUGGUCUGGCGCCGGAAGCAUUGGUGGCGGCGGCCUGCAGCGAGCAGUGCGCACUUAACGGAGCGCUCCGUCGCGGGCCGCCACUGCGCCUCCGGAGCCCGCAGUGCAGCCAUGGCCAGGCGCGGAGCAUCGCUCGCCUACUGCGCCUGCGCAGUCGCCGUCUUCGCAGCCAUAGCAAGCGCCGGGUUGUGCGAGUCGCCGUGCGUGCGGGUAUCAGAGUGCAGCUGGCUGGUGCAACUACUGCACUGUAAGCCACGGCCCGCAGGCCUCGCUGAGCUGAUGCAGAGCCUCGUAUGCGGCAGGGACGGCUACUACAUUUACGUCAGUUGUGGGCCACCGCCGGUACAGCUGCAGCCACACCUGCCGCCACCGCCGCAGCCAGAACCGCAGCCGCAGCCAGAGGGUCCCAUCUGGCACCACCCCAACCUGUGGCUCCUGCCCAUAGCCACAUGUGGACUGGACGACUCUGACCGCAUCACCAAUGGAAACUUGACUGUUGUCAACCAGUAUCCUUGGAUGGCACUGCUUGGCUACUCAUCACGUGGCAGCCCACAAGAGUUCCGGUGUGGCGGCUCGCUGAUCACCAGCCGCUACGUGCUGACCGCCUCGCACUGCGUCAACGGCAGGAAGCUCGGCUCCUACAGGCUAGUGGGCGUGCGGCUGGGCGAGUGGGACCAGCGCACGGACGUGGACUGUUACGGCGAGAUUUGCGCGCCGCCGGCCGAGGACUACGGCAUCGAGGAGGUCAUCCCGCACCCAGACUUCAGGCCACAGGCCACCAGCAACGUCGACAACGACAUCGCGCUGCUGAGGCUCGACCGCGACGCGCCCGAUAACUCUUUCAUCAGACCAAUCUGUCUGCCAGUUAGUACUGAGAUGAGGCAGCCGACGUUCGUCGGGAAGAAUCUUGUUGUUGCUGGAUGGGGUACAACAGAAUAUGGUGACACCAGCCCAGUGAAGCUGUACGUCGGGGUACCGGUGGUGGACGAGCAGACGUGUCAGCAGCGGUACUCGCGCUGGAACCGACGCAUUGUCUCGUCGCAGAUAUGCGCCGGCGGUAAGGAAGGCAAGGACUCCUGCUCCGGCGACAGCGGCGGCCCGCUCAUGGCUUUCGAAGGCCAGCCACCUAGGGGUGUCCUCGUUGGACUCGUCUCAUUUGGCCCCCGAAACUGCGGCAUGGUGGGCUAUCCCGCUGUCUACACCCGUGUCUCCUCCUUCCUUACCUGGAUACUGGACACCAUUCGACCUUAACAUCAAGCACACGACCUACAUCAGACCAAAUCAUUGUGGCCGACCACAAUGGCAUCCAGACGAAUUACAUCAACUCUCAGACACUAUAAUGUUCACGUUACUGCAAUGAAUAUCAAUUACAUUAUAUCUUAAGAGGUGUUAACUGAAAGCAGUGUCUCCUCUCACGCCAUUUGCACCAUCGUCUUUAAGAUAUUGACUAUUUCAUUAUUGAACUUUCCUUUGUCGUAUCCUUUUUGUGUAUUACGCACAAAAUUUUGCAACAAAUUAUCAUUAAAGAAAAAAAUGAAAUACGGUAUUGUCACGUACCACGCAUAUGUGGAACGAGCAAAGAAAGUGAUUAUGUUGGCAAGAAACUUGAGAAAUUUUUAAUAAAAUUCGUUUUGUGAACAGUAAAAUUUUGUGAGGCUCUCACACAUGGAAACGGGGAAGGUAAGUACAACUGAGAAGAACAGGAUUUCAGAGGAUUAAUCUUGACAAACAAUUGAUUCAUUGCAAAUGAUGUGAAAACAUGGUACUACUAACAAUUGCCUCACCAUCUCACACAGAAUACCUGUGUAUUAACAACCCUAAAUUAUCCUUGUUUCUCGUGUCUCCUUGUUCCCUAGUUUCAAGAAUUAAAUGUUGUGUAAAUGUUAUUCAAACAAACAAUUGCUUUGAUCACUUUCUCGUCGCUCGUUAUCUCAUUUACAGUACCUAUUAAUAAUUUAUGCAAAUUUUUUGGUAUGUCCACCUCCGUAAAUGAGUGGCCAGUAUAGAAUGCUGAUAUGUAGAAGAUCCGCGUUCGAUUCACUUCACUGCGAACGGAUUUUCCUUGGUGCGAGAGCUGCGGCG